CGUAUAGUAAUCAACUGCCGCGUUUGCGAAUCCACAUCGGAUGCAUUUUUUACAUCUCGAGCGUUUUUUUAUCCACAUCUGACACAUCUGUCCCAUUACAUUUAUAUACACUGAAUCACGUGAUCAAAGAUUUACUACAUCUCAGAUGCAUCCGAUGUGGAUUCUCAAACGCAGCAAAAGUAUGUGGGUAAAUGCACUCACAUAGUUUUUCUAUGCUCACAUCAUUUAACCCUAGAUUGUAGAUUCGUUUAAAAAUGUUCAUACAUCUAUUUCUAUUAUUCUGAUCAAGAUUAAAUUUUACGCAUUUAUUAAAUUUCUUUAAAGAAAAUAUGGAUGAUAAAGUUAAUGACUUCUUGAAUGAAAUCAAUGAAAUAGCACCAGCACCUCCUCAGAGACCACCACCUCCAAAACCAGAAGAUCAAGUGUGGAAACAGUGUUAUGACGAACUCACGGGCUAUGCAUAUUAUUGGAAUAAAAAAACAGAUAAAGUUACUUGGAAUCCUCCAGAACCAUUAUUUAACAAAGGGACUUCAAAACCACAAGUGGCAAAGAAAAAUAUGUACAUUCCGACAUUAUUUCCAGGAGUUAAUAGUAGUAGGACCAAAGAUAUACCAAAGGAUAUAAAAAUUUAUUCGAUUGGGGAUGGCAUCAACAAAUUACCUAAGAAGGAACCACUAAAGAGACCAUUUAAGAAAGAAAGUGAUUCAGAAGAUGAAAAAAUUACUUUGAUAUCGUCAUACGGCACUGACUCAGAAUCUGAAGAUGAAUGUAUAGAAGAGAAAAAAACAAAAAUAGAAGUGAAACCAUCAUCAGUAAUACCAGAAAGUCCUAAUUUAGAUGAAGAUAAUAUUGAUAUUUUGGCUAAGAUACAUAAAAGAGCACAAGAACUUAAAACACUUGGAGGAGAUAUUCCAGCAGAAGUAAAGGAUGUUGUGGAAAGCUCCAAAACGGCCCUUCUAAAAUGUAAAAAAACCAUAACCGGUGUUUCAUUAGUAGCUGGUUACAGUGACAGCGAUGAAGAAAAUGAAGAAAUAAAAGCAGUUUUACAAUCUAAAGAUGAACAAUCUCAAAUUUCUCAUAGUACUCUUUUUCCUAUUACCAAGCCUAUUAAUAUCAAUGAUUUUAAAUCGCCAGAGAAAAUAGAAAAUAAUACAAAUGUAAAUAAUUGUGAUAGUUUCGAUAAUAAAGCAUUUCAAAGAAAAAGAAGAAUAGGAAUUGCUUUAGUAAAUACAACAAAAAAACAUUCUGAAAUAGAUAAUGAAGAAGAUGUAAGAAAAGGGUUAGGUUUUGAACAAAACGAAAAUUCAAAUAAACCCAAAGAUAAUAUAUAUCAAGGACUGAGAAUAGGUGGCAUAGCAUUCGAAAAGUCUGAAACAUUAAAUCCAGUAAACACUACUGAUGAACAAAAAUCUGCUUCUAGAUUAAAAGAAAAUGAAGAUGAUGUCAAGAAUUUAGAAGCAAUUAAUGACAUGUAUUCAACGUUACGAGAAAAAUUGACAUUUUUAAAUGAAGGAAGACCAGAUAUAUCUCCAGUGCAGCUAAUGCUUAUUCAAGCAGAAACUUUAUUUAUGGCUAUGAACGAUGGAGCGUUAAAAUUGUCAUAUCUUCAAAAAUGGCUAAAGGAAACAUGUUCGGAGUUAAUAAAACUGGAAAAAGAAGCAACCCCUGCAGGCUGGAUGCUGCAAUGGGAUAAGACGCACAAGCGAUAUUUUUACCAAAAUUUGACUACCGGUGAAAGUAAGUGGGAAUAUCCACAACCCGAGCUCAGUACUUGUGAUGAUGCCAUGGAUAUAUCUACUACCCCACCACAUAUUGACACAGAAGUAACUAAUCCUAUGUCACCACCUCUUCCUCCUACUAUACGUAGUCCCACUCCGCCUCCGCCGCCUAUAAUUAGUAACAUUAAUCCAGAAGUUAAUUUUAAAGUUUUAGAUGUUCCACUUCCAAAAAAAUCUGUACCGCAAAAAUCAUUAUUAGACAGUAAUACACAACCCUUACCUCCUGGUGUGGAUAGACAUGAAAUUCAUACUUUUACACAACCAAAGGAACCAGAAAUCUCGGACCCUUUAAAUUCAGCUUUAGAUUCAUUUUACUCCGAUAUCGCUGCCAUCAGUUCGCCACCACCAACACUUCCGCAUAAUGAAGAUCCAAUUUUGGAAACCAAUAGUACAGAAAUUAAAACAGACAUGCUAAAAAAGAAGAAGAAAACAAAGGUUAAAUUAGCCCCAGGAUUAGUAAUGAAGAAAAAAGGAGUAUCUAAGUUGGUUGAGAAGUGGAAAAAUUUAGAAUAUUAAUUAAUUGUUAAUAAGAAUAUGUAAAUAAAUAUUU